GAUGCCGUAACGAGCAGCCUGUGAGCGUUGCUGGCUCUGCCUGUGUCUGUAAGGUCCCCGCACGGCUGAGGAACGCAGCACCCUGAGCUCGCUAUGCCCUUCCACCGUCUAACGCUGGAGUUGGCUGUCAGAGAAACCUUCGAGGUCCCCUGCUCAGCCCCGGUAGUGUCAUGAGUUAGAUUAGUUGGAGCUGUGCUGGGGGCGGUGAGGGCUUGGAUUACAGUCCAGAACUCAAAGUGCUUCGGUGGUUCACGUCGGAGGGGAGAGGAGACGCCCCGUUGCACACAUGGAGGAAAAAGAGAAAAAACACUGCCUUUGGAAGUGAGGGGGAAUAAAGGAGGCCGGGAACAUGGACUCGGAGUCGCUGGACGGUUGCAUUCAGAGUACGUUAUCAGCACUCUACCCUCCGUUUGAGGCUACCGCAGCCACUGUUCUGUGCCAAGUUUUUGAUGUGGUGGAGAAGACGUACCGUGGGGAUGGACUGCGCUACCUCAUAGACUUCCUGAUUCCAGCCAAGCACAUCCUGCAGUGCAUUCAGCAGGAUGCCUGUGUGCAGUACUGUGGCUUGCUGUUUCGCCAUGAGGGCUGGCCCCUGUGUAUUCAUGAGAAGAUUGUAGUCCAGCUGGCUUCCAUUGACUGGCGAAUCUUGAAGCCUGGUGACUUCUACCUGCAGGUGGUCCCCUAUCUGAAGAAGUCUCCACGGAUUGUACUGAAAUAUUUGGCAAAAGACAAGCAUAAUGUAGAGGAAGUUGUGAUUCCAGAAGUUUCCUAUACCUCUAUUUUUACUCUGGAAUGGUUGAGUACUUUCAAUGGAGAGCGGAUGGGUAUAGCACUGGAAAAUUGUUUACUAACCACUGAUGAUAAAAUAUUUCGUGUCCCCUGGGAUAAAGUGGUUAAUCCUGAAUUUAUUAAUAAACCAAAAAUAAUUGAAAACAGUAUCAUCUCUCCAGAAAUAACAGAGGGACGUUCAAUUUUGUGCCUCUCCAUGGACCAUGCUGAAUGCAGUUCACCAGACCUAAGAUCUCAGUAUCUACAGGAGCAAAGUCCAAAUCGAGGCAACCUGGUCAUUAGCAACACAGCUCCUCAGUUAAGUGAAGCUCUUGUUAAUGGUGUUUGUACAAGUCCUAUGCCUCAAGAGAACUUGAAAAGUGACCUUGAAGGAGAGUACGUUGAGCUGACGGAAGUUUCACUGCCCAGGUUUGGACCACAAACAGGCUCUUUAACCCAAUCGUUAGCUUUAAAUUAUCUAACUCAGCCCAGAACACGAGUGAAUGCGUCUAAAGGCAAACACAGGUUUAUUGUCAUUCAAGACAGUACCUACUCCAAGAACUUGAUUCAGUCAGCACUUAUGCAGAAGGAGCACUGUCAAAUGGACACUCUGAGGACUUCUCCUACAGAAGUUCUCAAAAAUGUAAUUCCAUUAGAAAGCGACAAAAUGAUGGCACAUGGAGAACUGUCUCCAGAAGGUCAGCUGAUAUCGGGUGGUCCUGGAAACACGGGGAAUAGGUUUCCUGUGGUUGAGUCUCUUGCCUGCAGUGCAGAGGAUUCAUCUGCAGAGCAGGAGACCCACAGCGAACACUCAGUUGAUUGGCGCUAUGCACUGUGCAGCUACAGCGACGUGUGUGCUGGAGAUGGUGUCAACUGCAAAGCACAAAUGCCAGGUGCUCCUGGAAACAUGGAAGGAGAAAGUGAUGGUCCCAGUGGAAAUCUUGGUGUUGGAAAAUCGGAGCAGAGCCCAGAAACAAUUCUAGAUGCUACUGCUGCUAAAAAGGAGGUGAUACUGAGAGUACAUGGAGAACCACUGACCGAGGGUCAAAAUGAGGUGACAUGGAUGGAUGCCUCUCCUGUGCCUGUCCUUGGGCCUUCGGGAUCAUGUUGCACACUGAAGGAAGGUUCUGAUGUUUCUUGCCAGAAUGUCAGUGAAAGUGUUGUGCCAGUCCAGGCCACUACAUUGCUUGUCACAGCUGAGAGUUCAGAUGUAGGUGUGGAGAGAGGCUCUCCUUCAGGGAGCAUGGCAGAUGUAGGAGCAGUCGGUGCGUUCUGCAGUGAUCAGGAAGCAAAUCUUAGUUCUCCAUUAAAUCCUCCAGAACAGAACCAAGGAGAAGUAGAUGCAUUUGAGCUGGGAAGAAGGGGCAGCCCAGAGGAAGUCAAAGAGAUUGAACAAAUAUUGACUGUAAAUGAGAAUCAGACAAGUCAUAGUCACUAUUCUGUCAAAGCUCCUAUAGAUGGAGUCUUGUCAGAUGGUGAAGAGCAAGAGGUCUCUGCCUGUCAACAUAAGAAAGAUGAAGAAGCCAUACUACUCCAAGCUGCCCUGUCAGCAGAGGGUGAUCAGACAGCAGAACAAUUAAACACCAGUGACUCUUUGAUGGGCUCUGAUGCACAAGCAGAAGGCUCAAGUCAAUUCAGAACCCACAGGUCUGGAGAGAGGUAUGAGGAACCACAAAGACUGGCAGAAAACCAGGACAGUAAAAGUGAAGAGAACUCUGUGCUGAAACCAGAGUGUGUUGCAGUACAGGACUUGUGUGAAGGGGAGGAGAACCGGGAAAGUUUUUCUUAUGGGGAAAAAUCAAUUACUAUAGCCUUAAAAACACUGGAAUCCAUUGAAGAGGAACUGGAGGUUGGACCACUGUCCUCAGGACCUGCUGAGGGGCAUACAGAGCCCACCAUUCUGCACUCCCACCAAGAGGCAGCUCCUAGGGCAUCAUCUCCUAAAGGGAUGGUGUCAGAAGAGGCAGAGAUGAGAAAAGAAGCAGCUGGCACAGAUGUGUUGAAACCAGUGAGUAAAGUCAGUGCUCUGGAGGAAACCUCAACACCUAUUACUCCCCCAACAUCCCCAGCUUCUGGGACUGCCUGGGGUGGUCGGUCUGGACCUAGUAUAGUCAAGGAUGUGAACCCAGAAGUGCUCAGGAGCGGAGUUGCCUGCCUGCCUGGUACCAGAGAUAAAUCGGGACGUGCAGUGGCCAUAAUAACAACAAGGAACACAGCCUGGUUAAACCCUCACUGCAAUACCACUGAGCUUGUACGCCUUCUUCUGUACUUGCAUAGCAUCCCAAGACCAGAAUGUCAGGCUUUGGGUUUGACUGUUCUUGUGGAUGCUCGUCGCUGUUCACCAGUUCCUGCUCUCUUCAAGGCAUUCAGCAUAUUGCAGGACAUAGAUCCUCAUUGUAUUCAUGGAGUACUGCUUUUGGUUGAAAGAGAUCUGACUUUUCGGAUGGAGAAGCCACCAGCAGGACAGUUUGAACUUCUCACCUCCAUGAAAUCCCUCCAUAAGCACAUAGACAGCUCACAGCUGCCCCUAGAACUGGAUGGGACCUUCCCUUAUUGCCACCGGGACUGGUUAAGCUUCCGCAUGAAACUGGAACAUUUGCUACAAGGCUGCCAGGGUGCUUGUGCCUUCCUCCAGGGAGCUAUUCAUAAGGUGGAACCUGGAAAAUUACCAGAAAGAGCUGAGGAGGCAGCUGUGCUGCUGAGGAAUUACAAGCAGUUGAUGAAGAACGUUCUUGAAGAUGCACGGCUGGUCAGGCUGCAGCUGGAGGGUGGAGCACUCCUGGCCAGGCUGAGGAAGGAAGAGUCUUGUGUCACCCUCACGCAUGACUACAGAGACGCACUUGAUGCUGCCAGCGUGCUUUAUAAUCGAGUUGAUGAGGGCGUUCACCGACUGGUGAUGUUGUCAAACAAACGCAUCCAGGAACUGGAGCUGGUGAUGGAGUUUGAGAAAGUGGAAGAGUGUUUUAAGGAGGUCAGCAGUUGGAUUGAGAAUGUUGGCAGAAAACGACUAAAGGAAACAAUCAACCUGGAUGAUUCUUUGGAGAUGCUGCUUCAAGCACAAAAGCAGUUCAGGGAGUUUGAUCUAGUUGCCAGUGAAUAUUGCAGAAGGGGGCAGGAAGCACUAAAGAAGAUGGAUCGAUGGGAAGACUUUUCCUCUGUGGAUGUACAUUCUUACAGGGUAAAGCUGCAGACCUACAGAGAUCAACUGGAGGAGUUCUGCACUCAACUGGAUGAAAACAGGCACCGAAUCUGUGAGACAGUCAGGCUGUAUGAAUUCUUUGACAAGGCGUACGAGUGGGCCUUGGAAGGGAUGCGACACCUUGCCUGCAUCAGCAUGGAGGACUGCAGCUCUGCUGAACACUGCGCAGGUGUGAUCAAGUGCCUGGAGAGUUACAAGGGGCAGCACCCGGACAUCAGCGAUGCCCGCUUCCAGGAGAUGAAGGAGCUGGCUUGUGAGCUGAAGAGUGACAAGGGACUCAAGCAGUGGAAAUUUGCGUGGUCCAAAUGCCAGGAGACCAAGCUGGUUUUCGAAAAGAAACUCGAAGCAGCCUUGAGAACAAGGAGGUCUCUGCUGUCAGACCGCAAACCAGCUGCCGGGGAGCAGCCCCGGGCCGGCAGCGAGGCUGGCAGCCUGUCCCACUGGAGACACUCCGAGGGGGCCACCUCCGGGUCCCCCUGGGACAGGACUUACAGCCACUGCUACAACAGGUCCAACUGCUCUCCGGGGUGGACUAAGGAGAAAGCUCCCUCGCCCUCCCUGAGCUGCCCUGGUGAUGUCAGUGCUGGGGAAGAAUUUGCCUGCCAAGCUGCUCUGAGCUCAGGUCCUCACUCGAGCAGAGUUUCUUUUGCCAGCGGGGCCUCCAAGUCUCCAAAGCUGCCUGAAGAAAAGCCAAACCUGGAGAGCAUAUUAGAAACUUUGGAGGUGAAGCCAUCCUGCACAUCCACUCCAGCCUCUGGGAAGCUGCCUCCCAGGAGGAUGCUCCGGAAGGCCCAGAGCUUUGACCUCCCUUGCGGUGAGAGCCUGUGGUCAGGCUGCCAGAGGACGCUGAGCGAGCCGGCCAGAUACGGCAACACCGGCGUCUUUAUUAAGGGGCUGGAGGUGAGCAGCACUGAGCUGGUGGACAGGACUUUUGCGCUGCGGCAGCAAGCCGCUCACAGCUGGGCUGCAGACUGCCUGCUGGAGGGACAGAGGGGCUGCCUCUCGGCCUCGGAAGCCAAGAGCUGGGGCAGCAAGCUGCGGCACAUCAUCGAUGAGAUGGUAACCACGGAGCGGGAAUACGUGAGGUCGCUUUGCUACAUCAUCGACAGCUACUUCCCCGAGAUGGAGCGCCUCGACCUCCCCCAGGACCUGCGUGGGAAGCGCAGCGUCAUUUUUGGGAACCUGGAGAAACUCUACGAUUUCCACAGCCAGUACUUCCUGCGAGAGCUCGAGAGCUGCUGCAACCACCCGCUGCGGGUCAGCCACUGCUUCCUCCGACACAAAGAUCAGUUUGGGAUGUAUGCAUUGUAUAGCAAGAACAAGCCGAAGUCGGACUCGCUGCUGGCCAGCCAUGGGAAUACCUUCUUCAAGUUCAAGCAGGUGCAGCUUGGGGAUAAGAUGGACCUGGCCUCCUACCUCCUGAAACCCAUCCAGCGGAUGAGCAAAUACGCCCUGCUCCUGAAGGACCUGAUCAAGGAGUGCAGCGAGGCGCAGGAGCAGGAGCUGGGCUACCUCCGUGCGGCUGAGGAGAUGGUGAAGUUUCAGCUCCGGCACGGAAAUGACCUGCUGGCCAUGGAUGCCAUCCGUGACUGUGAUGUAAAUUUGAAGGAGCAGGGGCAGCUGGUGCGGCAGGAUGAGUUCACCAUCUGGCUGGGCCGUAGGAAAUGCCAACGACACGUCUUCCUCUUUGAGGACCUGAUCCUGUUCAGCAAGCCCAAGAGGAUUGAGGGUGGCUUUGAUGUGUAUAUCUACAAGCGCUCCUUCAAGACUGCAGACAUCGGUCUGACAGAGAACUCUGGAGACAGCGGCCUGCGCUUUGAGAUCUGGUUCCGAAGGCGAAAGUCCAGUGACACCUACAUCCUCCAGGCCAGCUCAGCUGAGACUAAGCAGGCCUGGACCAGUGAUAUUGCCAAGAUCCUGUGGCAGCAGGCAGCCCGCAAUAAAGGUGUGAUUCCUUCCUGGGGCGUCUGUGCCGCAAAAGAAAUCCGUAUGCAGGAGAUGGUCUCCAUGGGCGUGGGCAACAAGCCCUUCCUGGAUAUCAAACCCAGCGAGGCAGCUAUCAAUGACCGCGCUAUCGAUUACAUCAUGAAGGGCAGAGGUGCCAGGACCAGAGCGUCAAUCGCGGUGUCUCUGUUUGACCAUUCCAACCCGUACAAGCGGACGCAGGCGCAGCUCUCCGCCGGCAGCACCCCCGCCGCGUACAGCCCUUCCUCCUCCUCCCUGCUGGGACCCCUCAACCUCCACAUGUACCUGGACCAGGCCCUGCUGCCAGGCGUCCUGGCCCCCGGCCGCCCCUUCGACAUCGGCACCUGCAUCGAGGAAGACGAGCUGGAGCACGAGACGAGCAGCCAGCCGUCGCUGACAACAGAGAGCUCGGAGUCAUCGCACUGCAUGUCAGGCAGCGGCUCCAGCGGCUCCGACAGCGGCUGUGUCUCCAGCGUCCCGCAGGAAAGCUUCUGUGAAGACAUGGGCUCACCCCCCUACAUGCCGCUAGGCUCAAAACACGGCUCUGCGAUGGAGGAGAAGCCCAGGUUCACAAACAGCCAGUACAUUUCUGCAAAAGCAGGCCAGGUCACCAUAAGUCCCUCGACAAUAGUGUGAGCCCCUCUGCACACGUAUACCGCCUAAGGAAGUGGAGUUGUUGUUUGAUGCCAUUUCAAACCCACCGAAGACCCCAGGCCUCUGACCAGCAGGAGGAGACAGUCUGCACCCAGGAAGAUACUUUUUUUUUUUUUUUUUACACAUAAUCAGGCUUUUUCAAACAGCCCCAAACCUGGCCUCUGGCCAGUCCCAAGAACGUUUCUGUCAGUGACACGAAAUAGCUUUGGUGUUGGAUGGGACCUUGGGUGUUCAAAACUUGUUAGCCCUGUAUUUAUGAGUAAUAAGUAACAUAGCAGUUUGGAGGAAAAAAAAAAAAAAAAAAGUAUUAUUUUUAAAGCUAUGAGCUGUACAGAUUUUUGUUACGAGUGACUCUGUUACUAUUUGUUCCGUAAGCUGCACAUUUUAUAAAGUUUUUGGAAGGGCAUGAAGAGAAACUGAGGUAUUUAAGAAAAGUAGUGUAACUUUCUGUUUCAGGGUUAUAUUGACCUGGAGCUCAAGAUUGAACGUCCUUCCUUAUGUUCUAAAUAUGUCUAUCAUAGCAAUAAUUUAUUUUCUUGGCUUAACACUUCUGUUUUAAUAAAAGCAAUUUCAUUGUUACAGUGAAAUGUUUCUUCAGAUGAUUCUUCCAGUGCCUCAGUGCCGAGCUUAUCUCUGCCUUAACCCUCCAGCAGCUCUGGGGGCCCUCUCUGCACUAACCCCCCCCGCCCCCCCGGCCAGCUCCGAGGGGGCUGAGCAGGGGGAGGCUCUGAUUUACACCCCUUCCCCCGGGGGGGGGGCUGCUGGCCCCACGGCAGGUCUCCCUCUCCCCGUUGGGCAGUUCCAGGCGCACAAAGUUCCGCCCCCCAGCCUGCCUCGCCCCGCGUUUCGGGGUGAGGGGGUCCUGGCUGCUUGCUUCGCCCCCGACCCAGCCCCCUCCAGGUAUUUCAGCCCCCCCCCCCGGGCUUGUUUGAGGAGCUUUGCCUGGUGGUGGCAUCCGAGACCAACAGGUUUGGAGCAGGAGGAGUCGGUUAUAAUGCUGACCCUUAAAUGCACUUUGGCUGAAGUAGCACGGCCUUCACAGGAGGGCAAACGCGCGCUGUGCUCCAAGGCUGCCACUCACGAGUGACACCAAAACUCACCGCGUGGCUGUGCCACCCUCUCCCCCUUCUUGGAGGAAAUGAAAAUUCUCGUUUUUGGGCAACUGUAGUUACUUACUACCGAGCUCCUGUUUACUCCUGGUUGACGAAGUGCUAUAAAUCUGGCUUCCCCCAGAUGGGAGCGCAGCGGUGUUGCAUUUCGCUGGAGGAAGAUGAUGGAGCAGUAAUUUAUUUACGGCAGUUUUUUUUCUCCCCGUGGCUGCUGGGUGGGGGGAGCUGCCCGGCCCUGGGCUGUGCAGUGCUGUGGUCUCGGAUGUCAAACCUCCCCCCCCCCCACGUUACCCUCAGCGUACGGACCGUGCUCCUUCAAGUCGGAAAUUCCUGUACUGUACGUAAAACACUUGUUUAUUUUUGAUAAGCUGGAUGGUUUUGAAACCUUGCUCUUUUUUUGUAGACAACAACGAGAAUGCAGUUUGACACCUUUGUAGAAAACCGUGUGGGAAAACAGUUGCACAGGGAAGUUUUUAGCAGUUACUGUUUUAAAAUAAUGGCUGGGUUACUGCGAGGGUUUGGGGCUGUCAAGGCAGCGCUACCUCCUGUCACAAGAGGGAGAACGUUUGCUAAUGCAACAAGAGGAAACACGGAACUUCCCCAGUUUCUCUGUUUCAAAGGUUUCUGCAUUGCUGGAAAAACCUUUAGUAAUGUUUACCUGACGCUGUUUUUUUCAGGGUUUGAUUUGUCUAAUAAAGGUCAUUUUCUUUCUAUGAA